AUGUGUUUUCUUUUUUGAUUGAAGUACUACCAAUGUAUCCCCAUCUAGGUAUUCAUGUUUUAUUAUACGUGUGCAAUAUUGUCAAACCAAAAUGUAUGUGCUUCAAAUCUACUAUUGCUGAGUAUGAGGAUCCUCUCCUCUUGUUAUUUGUUAUUGUUCAAUGUGAAUAUGUAGAAAGCUAUUACGUGAAACAUGCUGUGUGGAACAGUAUAUUGGCAAUAGUGAACUGGACCAUUAAUAUUGAAUAAUACUCAAACUGGACCAUUAUUAUAUGUUUUUGAGGCCCAACAUUAUCUCUGUUUAUGUUGUUUUAAUUCUUGCUCCUGUCAUGGACCCUGAUCUUCAGGGGCCCAUUACUACAAUCCCGCCCACCUUAUAUGUAUAGCUCUACCACAAGCCUAGGGCAAUGAAGGAUUUUUCCGUUGUUCAUUUUUUAUCCUUUAGUUUACCGUCUGAGUUUUUUCUUUCUUGAGAUUAUAGCAGCAAUAAUCUGACAUAUUGCUUUAUGGUACUUGAAGUGUGCACAUUCGUGAAGUGACUCUGGCUGCUUAUAGGUGAAAAGGGGUAAACCUAGGGCUGUAGAGAAAGGUGUUCAAAGCAAUUCCCAUAAACAGAGUUCAUGGGCAAGAAAGGAGGGGCAAAAAAAUCGGAGUCUGUAUCUCGCGCUCCAAUAUCACUAAGGGAAGAAGUCACCGGAAAAAUACAAACGAAGGCAGCCUCUAACACCAAGUCAAAAUUGAGAUUUGAGCACUUGAAAAACCUUGCAGAGUGGGCCACCACCAAUGACCCUCCUAUACAGUCUCUGGGCGCCUUCUAUGGACGCCAAUUCGCCACCUUUGGAGAGGCAAUCGGAGUACCGCCUGAUAAUUCUCUAAUAAUUUGCCAAAGAUGUGAAACUGUUCUUCAACCUGGCUUUAAUUCAACUGUAAGAAUUGAGAAGAAUAAAUUGAAGGCCAGGCAUAAGCAAAAGAAGUCUGGUAACAUUACUCAAAACAACGUAGUGUACAAGUGUCAUCAUUGUUUGUAUCAGAAUCUAAAGAGAGGGACCCCUAAGGGACACAUAAAAGGAAUCUGUCCGUCAAAAGUUAAAUCAUCAUUAGAGUCAACACCUCCAUCAAAAUCCAUCUCAAGUGAUUCUUAUGAAAUAGAGAAAGGCAUUGCAAGUAAAGAUGAAGUCAAUGAAAUAAAUGUGUUUCCUUCCCGAGUUGUGGCCAAGGAUGUUACCCUUAUGGAAACUCAAUCAACUUCGUCGAGUACAAAUACAAGAACUUUGUUAGAAGGAAAGAGGAGAAGGCACGAUAGUACCUUUUCCAAUGAUAUUAUUAAAACUACAAACAUGUCUGGAAAAGGAGCAAAUCCUGUGAGUACAUCCAGCAAAAGACGAAGAAAAUCUUGGAUGAGUUUAAAGGAAAUUGCUCAGAGCAAUGAGCAUAAGAACAGUCAAAUUGGUAAUUUGACAAUCCCAUUCUUUCUGUAAAUAGGGAAAUUUCCUGUGUUGGUUAAAUUCAAUUGUAUUUUUUACAUGUUGCCUGCAGGCUUUAUACUUUAAUUGCUGCUUCUAGCUAAAUUGUCUUUACUGAUGCCCUGUUAGAGUCCUGUUUUCCUGUAUGGAUAUCAGUAUAUUUUCUUUUUUUGUAAUUUUAGUUUGCCUUUCCGAGCGGCUAAACUAGUUUACCUGUCUCGUUGAUUUUUCUUUUCGUUAUGGCUCUCCAUUUAUGGAGACCGAGUUAUCACAAUUGAACCUUCGAUUUAGUUGAUUGAUGACAAGGAAAUGGAAUGGUAAGAUUUCUUGA